AUGCCGAUAUGUUUUCGAAAUUCAGACUUGGAGUUCUUACAAGAAGUUUACGUUAUGUUUCAUGUGAGUUUUUUGAAAUGAAGUUUGGAGAAUCUGGAUUUUCCUUGAAACUUUCAGAGACUUGUUGCAUUGGCCGAGCGAAACCCAUCGAAAUAUGAUGGAACUAACGGUAUUGGAAAAAUGUGCCUGUUACAUUUUAAUUUCAUCUUCGGUGACAUUUGGCAGCGAGCUCUUCGCAUGAAACGGCGGUCUUUUAAGGUCAGUGAUAAAACAUUUUAGAUAUAGCAGAUAUUUUGUUUUACCAAAUUAAAAUCUUUCAAAAAACGUUUGAAAAGUUUUUCAAUUAAUGUACCUUCUCCAUUUUUCAAACACCCUUGAUCUUUUCUAUUUCUAACAAUCAAAUCAAAAGUAUUUUCAGAGAAACAAUGCCAUGUUUUAUGACUAUGGAGAGGAAGUGGCAGAAAUCGUGGAAUUGUGGAACUACAACGUUGAUUUUAGCCAUCUUCUUUUCUUGGUUAGCGUGAGUUGUUUUUUUCUAAAAACAAUAGAUUGAAAAACAUUGGUUUUGUUACAGACCAUGGCCUUGGUUGUUCUUGCCCCAACCUUAUAA